AUGCAAAGUGAUGAAGAUGAGGGCAUCUUCAAGAGCCUUGUACAACACGCAGAAAGGGGUGAUGCGACAGCCCAAUCACUACUGGCACAGGACUACUUCUACGGCACGCACGGUGUGAAGAAGGACAUCCACACGGCCAUCCGAUGGGCGGAAGCGGCCGCAGACGCCGGGGACCGCGACGCGCAGGAGCUGCUGGCCGUGGCCUUCGGCCGAGGCCACGAGGACCUGCUGCAAGACCCAGGUAGAGCCGUUCAGUACGGCAUCAAGGCGGCCUCCCAGGGCAGUAUAAAGUCUGCAGAACUGCUGGGCAAGUUGUACUACAACGGCACUGGCCUUGAGCACUUGUCUCGGGAGGAGCGCAUGACCAACGCUUUGAAAUGGUUCCGAUCGGCUGCGAGGGAGGGUUCUUUGACCGCCCAGAAUGACCUUGCAGACAUGUAUCGGAUGGGGCAAGGCACAAAUCUGGACUACACCGAGGCUAAGUACUGGUACCAGAAGGUCGUGGGUGAGAUGAAUUCCGUGCUUUCUGCGGACCACAAGCUGCCGUCUGCGACCCGCAACAGAACAGCAGUCGCCCGGGCAUUUAACAGCCUGGGAGCGCUGUAUGCCCUUGGUCAGGGGACUGACAAGAACCUGAAGAAGGCAGCAGAGUACCUGGAGCAGGCCAAGGCCCUUGGCCACCCCCAUGCAGCACAGAACUUGAAAAAGUUGGGCCUAAAGGAUGCUCCUGGAGAGCUCUAG